AUGCAAACACCUACAGACAGUAUAAUUUCCCCGUUUCACAAUUUUGGUAAUUCAACACAACAUCAUUCGUCGUCAAGAACUCCUAGACAAAUUGCGGAGGUACAGAGACCAAGCACGCUGUCUCCAUUGUCGAGAGGGAAAAAAUGGACAGAGAAAUUGGCCAGGUUUCAAAAAAGUAGUGGCAAGAAAAAAAGAUUUUCGCCGUCUCCUGCUUCUUCUUCUACGUUUUCAUUCUCACCUAAAUCUCGAGUCACCUCCUCAAAUUUCUCCGGUAACGAGGAUGGCAAUAUGCUAAGUACGCCUUCGUCUGUUUCCGCAGACCAUUUGCCACAACAUCCCUACAGAACGUCUUCUUUGCCAAGACCCAAUUCCAAUCUUUUUUAUGCAAGUCACAACGAUUGGUCCGGAGCCAGCGAGCCUCCAGUCGCGGAAAAUUCCAAUGUUCAUGCACCACAUAAGAUACCGCCCAAAAUUGCUCCAUUUGGCUAUCCGAUACCGAGAACUGCAAGCAAAAAGUCCUUUCUAAACGCCGCUUGUACGUUGUGUGACGAACCUAUAUCCAGCAGAAGAAAGGGAGAAAAGAUCAUUGAGCUUACAUGUGGACAUUUGAGUCAUCAAGAAUGUCUCAUCAUCUCCUUUGGCACUAAUUCAAAGGCUGACGUAGGUGCACUCUUUCCCUUGUGUACAAAAUGUAAAGAAAAUGCCAACAAGGCCGUCCAAUGCAUUCCAAAAAAUGACGAAUUGAAAGAUUUGCUCAUUUCUGAUUUUUUAAUUCAUAAAAUUCCAGAUUCGGAACUACCAACAACACCCCAGUCCCAGUUUCCUCUUUCUUCAUCGCUACUUCCUCCCUUCGGUUCGUCGUAUACGCCAGUUGAAAGACAAACGAUAUAUUCGCAGGCUCCAAAUCUUAGUCCAAAUCUCAUAUUAGCAGCUCCUCCUAAAGACAGGAACCAAAUUCCACAAAAAUAUCCAAAAAGGCCAUUCUUACAUAUUCCCUCGGGUCAUAAGAGAACAAUUUCGAAUACGAGCUCUAUCUUUACAAUGACGUCUAUGGUAUCGUCCGCAAAUGAUUCUGUUUCUAUUAUUUCUGAUUCCAUGCAACAAAGGGAUGACGAAACCAAAAUACCCCUGCCACUAUUAAGGUCUUAUUUUAUUCAAGUGCUAUUGAACAAUUUCCAAGAUAAUUUGCAAGACUGGAAGAUAGACGGAGACUAUGGAUUACUGCGAUUAGUGGAUAAAUUGAUGGUUUCUGAAGAUGGCCAGAAAUACGUUCAAUGUUGGUGUUUCUUAUUUGAAAAUGCAUUGGUAGUAGCAGAAGUGGAUGGCGAGGAUGUUGACGUUUUGGAAAUUAGGCUAAAAAACUUGGAAAUCUUCACACCAGUCAGUUGUUUGAAAAUGACUACACUGGAAGCUUCAGUUCUCAAGUGUACUUUGAAUAAAGAAGAUUGUUCAACUUCAUCAAACCUUUACAUUGUUGAAAAAAUAAACUCAGAUGAAAGUACGACAGUACAAAAAUGGAUAUCAGCCUUAUUAAACCAUGAUUUUGUGUUUGAUGAAGACAAUAUCACCUCCACAUUACCUAUUCUGCCGAUCUUGAGAAACUUUUCAGAUAGUGGAGAUAGUGGUGAGCAUGAGACGAGUACAUUUCUAGGUUUAAUCAAUCCUAAUAAAGUUGUGGAGGUUGGAAAUAUGAAUCAUGAAAACGAUACAGUAAUCAUCAGGAGGGGAUUCACUUUGGGUUUAUCAGAAUCGUCUGCACAAAGUAGUGUUAAUACCAUACAAUCUGUUUUGACCACGAUUAGUUCAAUCCUUUCCCUAAAACGUGAAAAACCUGAUAAUUUGGUAAUAAUCUUGCAAGUUGAUUUCAAAAAAAUAGAGGAAGAAAGAUGUAUAAUCGUCAUUUAUAACAGUUUAAAGGCGUUAUUGAUCAAGUUUCCACGUCUGCAGUUUUGUUUCGUUGACCGAAAUAAUAAUGUUCUGGACUAUGGAUCUGUAUCACAUAAGGUAGUUUCAUUGAAUGCCAUUUCAAACCUGGAAUCAAAGCGUUCCUUGAUACAAUUUUCUCCCACCUGGUUAAAAAACACGUUAUAUCCCGAAGAGAUUCAUGAACAUCUGGGUAUCAUAAGCGUAUCAAAUAGUAAUAUGGAAGCCGAUAAAUCUGUAUUAUUUCAAGAUUAUAAAUGUUUUACAUGUCUUGGAAGAAGAAGACCUAAUGAAUUGAGGGUUAAAGUGGGUUACUUGAAUGUUGAUUAUAGUGAUAGAAUAAAUGAACUGGUUGAGGUCGGUUCCUGGAAUUUAGUCUUAGAGACUCUCUGUUAUAGCUUUAGUCUAAGUUUUGAUGAAGACGAAGAAGACGAAAAUGAUGAUAACUCAACUGAAAAUGACUUUGACAGAAGUUUGAGAUCACUAUCGGACGCUGAAUCGACGACUACUAUUCAUAUUGAUUCUCCAUUUGGCAAUGGAAACUUGACUAUAAAUCUAGCUGAUGACGGAAACCCUUAUCACGAUAUUGAACAUUGCAAUGUGAACAAACUGGAAUCUGUCGUUUCUGCAACAGAAUCGCCACUGUUCCCCAAUGUUAGGCUUUCGCUUUAUUCUAAUGGAGAAGAUACCAAUGAAAGCGAUAACAGUGUGUCAGCAUUGCUGCUCAGUGAUAUGGAUAGAAGAAUCGGUGAGAUAACGAGGCGUGGUUCGAUUUCGAGUCUCAUCGAAAGCGGCAAUGAAACUUAUCCGCUCCAUAUGGAUUAUAUUUAG